AUGAACCCGCUACUAGAAUAUAAAAGAAUAAAACAAGCUGUUUUUAAUAAGCCUAUGCUUAAUAUCAAAAGGGAAAUAUUAGAAAAUGAUAAUUCGAAAUUAAAAAAUAAAGAAAAUAAUCACUCCGUUUGGAAUAAGAUUACACAGAAUAAAAUUAAUAAGGAGAUUCAGGCCUCUUCCAAUAAGACUGUACAAAAAGAUUAUUUUAAUAAGAAUAUUAAAAACGUUUCCAGUGAAAGUAAUCAAAAUGUAAUUAGCGAAAAUAGUAGCGAACAUAAUGAAGCGAUUAUAAAAGAAUACGAAUCAACAGAAGACGAAAAUGUGAAACUUUCCCUUAUCUGUCACAGUAAUGUUGAGAAAAAUGCUACAGGACUCGUAAAAUACGAAUACUGCUACAUAUGCGAAAUGGCCAAGCCCUGUUCUUGUGUGGAAGAGCAUUUCCAAUAUGAGCAAGACAUAUCCACAUGGAAUUACGGAAAGAUUAAGUCAAAUAUUCACUCUAAUUUCAGAGAUAUAUCGAAUAUUAUGGAUAAAAUACAAUCUAGCAAGAAAAAAUUAGAAGAUACCAAAAAUAAUAUAGAGAAAAACGUCUUAAAAAAGGGUGUUUGUGGAAAGAAUAAAAAUAAUAAAAAGGAAUAUAGCAAGAACUUGAACCCAUAUGAAAAAUUUUACCAUGAAAUAGUAAAAGUCAUUAAAAGAAAAUUAGAUAACUUCAGAAAUGGGCGAACUGUGGUUGAGGAUGAACUAGGAAGGGAAGCGGAGCGCAAAAUCGCCUUUAAUGAUGAGGACGGGGAACAUAUCAUGAAAAAAAGACUAGAAGCAUUAUGCGACAUAGAAAAAAAGCACUUACAGUUGUUGCAAGAUUUAUUCGAGGAAUACAAAGAUAUGGAGGAAAGAAUGUUAUGA